GCUGCUGCUGCUGCUGCUGCUGCUGCUGCUGCUGCUGCUGCUGCUGCUGUUAACCUCCACGUGGAUUUCCUGCGUUUUCAGGCGACACCCGUCAAGGUCGUUACCCCUGCCCACCUUACUCCUGCCAGAAGUCCGCUCUUCAGCCAGGAGAGAGAGAGGGGAU